AUGGCUUCCUCCGCUGUUACUCAGUCCAUGCGACGUAUUACAGCAACAAAGCUGGACGCAGUCUCGAGACAACAGGCAUCGUUCGAGGAAAGCAAAGCAAAGAUUCUCAAUGCCCUUGGAUACGAAGAUGCUGCUGCCGAGCAUAUCCGUAUUCUGCUUGAUGGUCUGAUAAACAACAAGAUUACCACUCCUGUAAAUAUCUCAACCACAACGAUUCGAGCUUUCCUAGAGCAGUCGAAACACGAUCCUUCUGUCUCAGCAAGUCUGCUACAAUCAUGGGAAGUUGAGUUAAGAGACUGCCUGGAUACACCAUCACGCAAGUAUCAGCACGCUUUGCUUUUUGGUCGUUUGGCAAUGGAAUGGUUGGAAUCGAGUGCACAGCAAGCUACGAGUGAUGACAAGAACGAUUCGUUCGAGGCAGUGGGUCGAAAAGAAAUGCACGAACAACGCAAGGAAUGGGAAAACCUUGUUCUGAAUCCAAAGACCAUACCAGACGCAAUGGAGAUUACUACAUAUCUAGCCAAAGUUUUCGCAGUGUCUACAGAAUCACAACUAGGUCUCAAAACGAUUCGACAAAAAAUGAAGAACUUUGUGCUUCCGCCAUUCGACACUGUAUCUCUCAGAAAGACGAUCAAACAUCUGCUUGCCUCCAACCUCCUCAGUCUUGACAAACAAGCUGGACUGAGAGAUCUCCGAGACAAUGCCUUGGUCAUUUCGGAGAUGGCAGAUGUACUGAAUAUGCAGAUCGACAAUCUUCCCUCAUGGUCCUGGGGCGAACCUCCUGCUCUCGAUGUUCGUCGAGCACUUAAUGGCAAGUACCGAGUCUUCAUGGACGGAGACAUUCUACAGGCCGUUCUACUUCAAUACAUUGGCAUCAUGUGGGCUGCGCAUUUGAAAGAGGCUCUGAUAGCCUUCAUGGAGUCAGGUGCUUGGAGAACACUUUCAAGACCGGGAUCUUCUAGAAUUGUGCAAACCAAUGGAUUUCCUGAUACUGUACAAACGACACGUCACGAAAAAUAUAAAGAGUAUUUUAUGCAGCAAUUGCCUUCUUCUCUUGGCUCGACGCUCUCGAAGUAUGAUCACGACGCAGACUCAGAUAUUGAGAAUGGACGAGAACAACCACCUUCAGCUCGCAAGCAGGGACUUUUCCAUUUGGUCUCGACGGAGGCUCUCAUGACAUCGACUCACCAUGAAUCAUUCACGGUCCUCCAGUCGGACUUCGAGUGGUUUGGCCCAUCUCUGCCUCACACCACGAUGCUCACAGUCUUGAAGUUCUUUGAGGUACCCAGCUUUUGGCUCGAAUUUCUGGAAAAGUUCCUGCAGACUCCCAUGCGUUUCGUUCAAGACGGCCCAAAUGCCGAGAUCGUGGUACGAAAGAGUGGCGUCCCUAUUUCACACACCUUGAGCGAUUUCAUGAGCGAAGCUGUCCUCUUCUGUCUGGACUUUACGGUCAAUCAUGAAUCUGGAGGCAAUCUUUACCGAAUCCACGAUGACCUUUGGUUUUGGGGCUCGAACAGCUCCGCCGUUGCAGCAUGGAAGGCGAUGGGCAGUUUCAAUCGCGUGAUGAAGAUGCGAUUUAACGACAAAAAGACUGGCUCGGUUCAGAUCAACGCUGAUGGCAGACAAAAUUCUACGUCAGCCUGGCUCCCAAGAGGCCCUGUCACAUGGGGCUUUCUGCAACUUGGCUCGCGUGGUACCUGGCAGAUCGAUAACGACAAGAUCAAAGAGCACACAGCAGAGCUCCAGUUACAAUUGAAAGCUUGCAAAUCCAUCUUCGCCUGGAUCCAAGCCUGGAACGUCUAUGCAGCUCGCUUCUUUGCCACCAAUCUCGGCCCACCAUCACGCUGUCUCGGUAGGGCGCACAUCGAUAUGGUAAUCGCCGCAUUCACCAAGCUCCAGAACGAAGUCUUCUCCAGUCACGGAAACCACAAAAGCGUGACGGAGUACCUCAAAUCUGAACUCCAAAAACGAUUCUCACUGGCCAACAUCCCUGACGGCCUCCUCUUCUUCCCCAUCGAACUAGGUGGUCUCGGACUACAGAAUCCACUGAUCCCUCUCCUCCUCCGGCGCGCCAAUGCCCCCUCCGCCCCAGCCGAGCGCAUCCGCGAAGCCCUAGAGAAAGAGAAAAUACUCUACAACAAUGUGCGCAAAAAGUACGACGAAGGCAACCGUACCCACCGCGUAGUCAAAAGCCUCAUGGGUGAGUAUAACGAGUUCAUCAGCUUUGAAGACUACAUGGCAACCAUCGAAUCCCACGGUGCUGAGAUACUCCAAGCGUAUCAGUCACUCCUCGAAGAACCCAACGAACAGCGAGACAUGACGACUCCAGUGAUGGAAAAAGCGAUCGAGUCGUUACCGGCGGAAAGUCGUACCUGGCAGCGCGAUGCGUACAUGCAGUGGAUCGUGCAGUUGUACGGCGGGGACAUCAUCAAAGAGUUUGGUGGGCUGGCACUUGGUGAUAUACGCUUGUUGCCCAUCGGACUUAUCAGUAUGUUGAGAGGGCAGCGGAUUCAGUGGCAGCAGUGA